AUGUUUUAUUUGACGCCGAACACGGUCUCGGUGUUUAUACCCUUCGGAUUCAUUGGUAUAUACAGAUGGUUUUGGUUUAUGAUCAAGCUGUUGGCAUGGUCUCUCUACAAACCAUGGAAGCCAAUUGCGAAUCCGAAAUAUACAAGUCGUGAUGUGACGAUAUUGGUGCCUACGAUCGAUUCCGGUGAAGAAAUCAAGCUUGCUGUUCGUAGUUGGUUGAAGAAUGAUCCAUUCCAAAUCAUUUUCAUUACUACAAACAAGGCCAAACAAGGUUUAGAAGACUUGGCUAAUGAAGUCGAUCCUAAACGAGAAAGGAUUCGUGUGGUUUGCAUUGAAAAGCCAAACAAACGUAAUCAAAUGGUGGCUGGUAUCAAUCACACCAAGACCGACAUUAUUGUCUUUUGUGAUGACGAUGUGAUGUGGCCUGAAACGAUGCUCCAAUAUAUGCUCGCUCCCUUUGAAGAUCCAAAGAUGGGUGGUGUCGGUACUACUCAACGUGUCGUCCCUGUUGGUAAACAUAUGACUGUAUGGGAAGUCUUGUCUGCAUACCGUAUUGCUAUGAGAAACAUCGAAGUCACUUCAAGCACUUAUAUUGAUGGUGGAGUCUGCUGUUUAUCUGGACGUACCGCUGCUUACAGAACCAGUAUUCUAAGAGACCACGACUUCCAAUGGCAAUUCACCCACGAGUACUGGUACAGAUGGUAUUUCGGUAAAUGGAUUCCAUGCCAUCAACACUCUGGAGACGACAAAUUCCUUACUCGAUGGAUUGUCUCUCACGACUGGAAUACUCACAUACAAGCUUGCAAACAAGCCGAACUGGCAUCAACCUUUAAAAACAACUGGAGAUUCUUGAAGCAAAUCAUGAGAUGGACUCGCAAUACUUGGAGGAGUGACAUCAAAUCCCUGUUUAUGGAACGAAAGAUCUGGAACCGUUAUCCCUUUGUCGCAUACCAAAUGAUUGACAAAUUCUUCAAUCCAUUGACUCUACUCUACGGGCCCGCUACGGUUAUCUACAUGUGCAUCGACCAAUCUAAAGACGUCAACGCUCGCUUGUCACCAUGGGUUAUCAUCCUCUCAUACGUAAUAUGGUUAUUGUUGACUCGUCUCGUAAAGUACAUGCCCCAUUUCGUAAAGAGACCCCAGGACAUCUUGUAUUUGCCAGUAUGGCUCAUCUUCAAUUAUGCCUUUGCCAUAAUGAAGGUCUACUGUCUCUUCUCUCUGCAUAAUACUGAUUGGGGUACUCGUCAAGGAGCUGAUCAUACCACCGAUAAAGAAGACUUGACCAUCUUUGAAGCUAAAUGGAAGAACGACGUUUUGAAUGUGGUGGACUAUGCAUCACCUACUCGCGUCAGUGCCAUGAAAUCACCUACAGCAGACUCAGUGCAUCCUCGUCAUUCAGCUACUAUAAAAGCCGGUACACCUAUCAAAAAGACUGGUUUCUUGCAAGACAAUGUCCGCAAUGGCAGCAACGAGUCCCUGGACUCGGCCUUUAUUGUAACUCCAACGUUGACCAAUGUCACAUCUCCUCAGUUGAUGUCUGCAGGAUCGAAUCUACCAUCACCCGAGAUGGACUUGUCCAUGGUUGCCGGACUCAAUCAUCACCAUACUGGUAAUACCGGUGACAUGUCAAACGCUGACGUCCGAAGAUUUAAGAGUAUGCAACCAGUCAAACACUUUUCAUUCGUGGAAGAUCAGAAGUUGCAACUAUCCGAUGAAGCUAGCAACAUUCAUAGAUCUGUUACGGUGUCCAUGUCAGCUCCACGACCACAACCAAGUAGCUCCAUGCCCGCUCAUUCUGCAAUGGGCAGGUCCAAUACCAUGGCUCCAAGCAGCGCUGCUAAUCCAACUAUCUUGGGUCGAUCAAGUACUCUCAGUAGAACUUUAGCUACAUUGCAACGCACCUUGACUGUUGAACGGCAACCCGAACGUAAUACCUUCAAGAACUGGGAUUAA